GAGCCCUAUUUUUAGUCGUCUCCUGAUCAGUGGAUCGUCGACUUCACUCGCGGGGCCGCGGGAGUAACGAUGAGAGUGCUAGCCCGGUGGACAGCGGUAGCGGCGUUGCUGCUGCUGCUGCUCGGCGACUGUGCCGCCGCUAAGAAGGCCGCCGACCCGGCCCAGCCGGCACCCAAGGAGAAGAAGCAUUCCGAGCCCGUCAUCGAGGAAGUAACCGCGAAGCAACUCGAACGAGUUCUCAACGAGAAAGACUUCGUGGCCGUGUUUUGGUAUGCGAGAAGUUGUUUAACGUGUGACAAAGUAUUAGAAGAAUUAGAAAAAAUUGACGAUGAUACGGACUCAUUUGGUGUGGACUUUGUCAAAAUCAACGAUAAACGACUGGCCAAACACUAUGGGAUCAAGAACUUCCCCGCACUCACGUACUUCCGCGAAAAGGAACCCAUCAUCUAUGAAGGUGAUUUGAUGGACGAGGAGAGUGUUCUCGACUUCCUGACCAGCCUGGAGGCCAUGGAUCUACCAGACAGGAUAGAGGACGUCAAUGCCAGGAUUCUGCUCAAGAUAGUAGAAGACACAGAUUAUGUAGCUGUUCUCUUCUGUCCGAGCACGUGUGGAGGGAUCCCUAGCUCUAACAAACCUCAAUGCAAGAAGUGCGCGAAAGCAUUGCAAGAGUUAGAGAACAUUGAUGAUGAAGCGGAUCAGCUGGGCAUUGGCUUUGUCAAGAUCUCUGAUGAAGAAUUGGCAGAUGAGUACAACCUUGGAGAACUUCCAAAAUUAGUCUACUACCGCCAUCAAAUCCCCAUAAUAUACGAAAGCGAGUUGACGAGAGAAGAGGAUGUGUUGGAGUGGUUGGUGCAGAACAAAUCAACUGGAGACGAAGAAGAUGUCAUCGAGGAUGUAACAGCAAAGACACUUGAAACUCUGAUUGGAUCUAUUGACAACUUAGUCGUCCUGUUUUAUGACAAUGAUGACGAAGACUCGAUGCAGGUGCUGGGUGAGCUGGAGAAGAUUGACGAUGAUUGUGACAAACAUGGUAUCCAGUUCGUCAAGAUCGAUGACGUGCAAGCCGCCAAAUCUUUCGGCAUUGAUGACGUCCCAGCCAUUGUCUACUUUGAAAAACAGAUUCCGAAUGUGUAUGAUGGUGACAUUGAGAAUGAGGAUGAGAUCCUCGAGUGGCUGGUGGACCAGCUGGAGAAAGACGAGAUUGAGGAUGUGACUGACGAAAUGCUCGACCGACUGGUCAAGGAGGGGAAGACUCUUGCUGUACUUUUCUAUGACAACAAUGAUCGCAAGUCUCAACGUGUUCUCAAUGAGUUGGAGAACAUUGACGAUGAGUGCGACAAGCUGGGCAUCGUUUUUGUGAAAAUUGAUAACCCAGAUGAAGCGAAAGAGUAUGGCAUUGAGAAAAUCCCAGUGCUCAUGUACUUCGAGAAGGGCAUUCCAAUGAUGUAUGAAGGUAACUUGGAGGAAGAGGAGAAGGUGUUGAAGUGGUUGGAGCACCAAAACACCAACGAUGAGAUUGAGGAUAUCACGGACGAGAUGUUGGACAUGCUCAUUGACAAGAUGCCACACGUUGCUGCUCUCUUUUAUGACAAGGAUCAAAAGAAGAGCCAGAAGGUGUUGACUGAGCUAGAGAACAUAGAUGACGAGUGCGACCAGAAUGACAUCGCUUUUGUUAAGAUCGACAACGAUGCUGAAGCCAAAGAGUAUGGCAUUGAUACCCUUCCCGCCCUUAUUUACUUUGAAAAACGCAUUCCAUACGUGUAUGAUGGUGACCUGACUAAGGAGGAGGAGUUGCUCAGCUGGCUGAUCCACCAGAAGAGACACAGUGAGAUUGCUGACAUAACUGAUGAGAUUCUGGACAAGCUCAUUGAUUCUGUCGAAUUUCUGGCUGUUCUCUUUUAUGAUAAGGAAGACAAACAAGACAUCCGAGUGCUGAACGAGUUGGAGAAUAUAGAUGAUGACCUAGACAAGGAGGGCAUCACACUGGUCAGAUUGGACAAUAAGGAGGAAGCCAAGCAGUAUGGCAUCGACCACCUGCCCACACUCGUCUACUUCGAGAACAAGAUCCCAGCCAUCUAUGAAGGUGAUUUGCUGAAUGAGAACGAGGUGUUGGAGUGGCUCGUAGAACAGAUGCAGUCAGCCACUAUUGAAGAAGUCACUGAUGAGAUUCUGAUAGAUCUCAUUGAGGAACAUGAAUAUGUGGUUGUUUACUUCAGUGGCAGGUGCGAGGAGGGACAAGAGUGUGACAAUAUUCUAGAGGAAUUGGAGAACAUUGAUGACGAGUUGGACGAGACAGGCAUCAUCUUUGUGACCACCGAAGACACGAGUCUUGCCAAGAAACACAACAUCAAGACAUUCCCCACUCUUGUAUUUUUCCGUAACAAGGAACCACUCACAUACAAAGGAGACCUAGAUGAUGAGGAUGAGGUUCUCACUUGGCUGACUGACGAGGAUACUCUUGAAAUUCCUGGCCGAAUUGAGGAAGUCAACUCAAAGAUGCUUGAGAAAAUACUUUCUGAGAAUGAACAAGUUGUUGUUUUCUUCUACAAAGAAGGAGAUAAGAAAAGUCAGAAGAUCAUUCAAGAGCUGGAAAACAUUGAUGACGAGUGUGAAGAGAAGGAAAUUGACUUCAUAAAGACUUCUGAUGACGGUAUUGACAAGGAAUAUGAUCUGCCUUCUCUACCAGCUCUGGCUUUCUACAGAAACAAGUUCAGGAAGAUUUACACUGGAGACCUAAUGCAGGAAGAAGCCAUCUUGGAGUGGGUACUGGACCUGUCGGAGUCAACCCCUGAUGUGAUCGAGUCUGUUGACCGUAAGACCCUGCAAGUGUUGAUCAAUGAUGUUGAACACCUUGCUGUCUUCUUUUACGACGAUAAGUGUGAGUCCUGUGAGCAGAUUUUGGAGGAGCUGGAAACAAUUGACGAUGACACAGACAAGCAUGGUAUACAGUUUGUCAAGAGCAAAGACUCCAAACUGGCCUCUGAGAUUGGCAUCUUCAGCUUCCCCGCCCUGGUCUACUACGAGACCGGUGUCCCCAUCAUGUACGACGGUAACCUGUUGGAUGAAGAGGAAGUGCUCCACUGGAUGAUCAAACAGAAGACAGACGAGAGUAUUGAAGACAUUGACCGUGAGACUCUGUUUGAGUACAUUGAUACCAAAGAGUUCCUGGCUGUAGUUUUCUAUCUAGAGGAGGAUCCGUUCACAGUGAAAGUACUAAGGCAUAUAGAGCUGAUUGAUGAUGAGGCAUCAGAGUAUGGCAUCAAGAUCGUCAAGUGUAGUGACCGCCUUAUGGCAAAGAAGUAUGGCUUCCGCAACCCACCAGGAGUUACCUACUUCCGCAAGGGCAAAUAUAUCAACUAUGAUGGAGACAUUGAUGAUGAUGAGGAGCUUCUCGAUUGGUUAACAGACCCUCAGAAUAUGGAGCUUACAGAACACAUUGAGAAGGUCAACCGCAAGAUGUUUAACAAGAUUAGGCAGACGUCAGACUACUUAGCAGCCUUCUUCUACAGUGACGACUGUAAGCAGUGUGACCGCGUGUUGGCUGAGAUUGAGCAUAUUGACGACGAGGCCGAGGGUGCCGGCAUCGACUUUGUCAAGAUUGAUGAUAAGAAGAUGGCUAAGGAAUUUGGAGUCUUUGCUCUGCCUGCCGUCCUUUUCUUCAAAAUGAGCUCCAAAGAGCCUGUUAUCUAUGCUGGUGACCUAUACGAGGAGCAGGACAUCCUUAACUGGCUGAUGACUCAGAAGGACCCCUCAGGAGAUGUCAUUGAUGAAGUGGAAGGAGAUGAUCUGCUCAAGACCAUACAAGAGUCAGAAGCUCUGGCAGUUUAUUUCUGGAACAAGACUCUGUGUGAUCUUUGCAAUUCCAAGGCUUACCGAAAGCAGAAGGCAAAGAAAGAUGUGGAGCCGACAGAGGGGUCCCUGGAUGAAGACUCGGAAGAUAACAAGACAGAUGAGUGCGACCAGUGUAAAGAGAUCCUGGAGGAGUUGGAGAACAUUGACGAUGACUGUGACCGUCAUGGUAUCACAUUUGUCAAAACACAGGAUUUCAAAGUAGCAAUGGAUUUCGGUGUCAGUGAGUUCCCCUCUCUGGUGUACUUCGAACACCAAGUACCAAAUGUAUUUGAAGGGGAGUUAACCGAAGAAGAAGAGGUCCUGCAGUGGUUAAUAACGCAGCGGACAGAAGACAGGAUAGAACUGAUAACAAGGGUCAUGCUGGAGGAGAUGGUGGAAGAGACACAAUAUUUGGCGGUUUACUUUUACAAGCUAAACUGCCAUAUCUGUGACGAGAUUUUGGAGGGACUAGAGAAGAUCGAUGAUGAAUGUGAUGUUUUUGGCAUCCACAUGGUGAAGAUACAGGACCCGCAGCUGGCCAAACGAUAUUCCAUCAAAACAUUCCCUGCACUUGUUUACUUCCGCAAUGGAAACCCUCUGCUCUUUGAAGGUGAUCUGCAGAACGAAGAGUCUGUGUUGGAGUGGCUGGUUGAUGAUGACAACAGAGAACUGGCUGACGAGAUCGAGCAAGUCAACAACAGAAUGCUUGAGAGAUUGCUUGAUCAGUCUCUUCUACUUGCUGUUUUCUUCUAUGAUGAUGAUGAUUGCCCAGAAUGUGAGGAAAUAUUGGAAGAGCUGGAGAUGAUUGAUGAUGAAGCAGAUCUUUAUGGUAUUGACAUGGUGAAGAUCUCAGAUCAAGAGGCUGCCGCCAGGUAUAACAUCAUCCACACACCUGCCCUUGUUUACUUCCGCAAGAGGGUUCCUUUACUUUACGAUGGUGAUUUACUGGAUGAGGAAAAACUAUUGGCGUGGCUGACAUCGCAGGACAUCUUUGAGUUGAAAAAUGAAAUUGAAGAAGUCAACCGCAAAAUGCUUGACAAGCUUCUGGAUGAGAACGAGUUCUUGGCUGUGUACUUUUACGAGGUGGAUGACGAGGAGAGUAUAGAUGUGCUGGAACGGCUGGAGAAGAUUGACAGUGAGACGGACAACAUGGAUGUGACCAUAGUGAAGAUGGGAGAUCCACGUUAUGCGCGCAAAUGGGGAGUCACCAAGCUACCAUCUGUUGUGUACUUCCGCAACCGGUUCCCCAGCAUCUACCGAGGUGGUUUUGAGAAUGAGUUGGAUGUACUGGAGUGGCUGCGUAAGAACCGUUAUCGUCAGCCCGAGCUCAAUGUGUUCAUGUACGCCCUAAUAGCCAUCACUCUUGCGUUUGUCAUGUAUACCGUCUUUCUCAUCUAUGGGUUCCAGCAACCGCCCAAGGUCGCGUGAGUGUCGCCAGGCUCCGUGUGGAGCUAAACUCACACUCCUCGUCGCAACGGAAUUUGCGAUCUUCUUUUCAGUUGGAAAUUGGUUUUGUAAUUGAAUUUUUUGUCCGAUUAAGUGCGUAAGAACAUUUUCAAUGCUCUGGACUUUCUAAAAGAUAGAAUAUUGAACUGUCUUCAAUCUGUCAUCAAACGUUCUUGCAAAGGGAUGAGAAUUCUUUCAGUGAAACACAUUUUUAACUCUGGAUAAAUGCAACAUUUUGAAUAUUGUUUAUUAAAUUACUCAAGCGAACUGCGAUUGUUUAGUUACGGUUAAGACUUAUUUAAGGCUCUAGAGUAGCGUAGUAGCCUAAGCCAGCACUGCCGCACGAUUGGCCCGUGAUUUUACCGCUGCCUCAGUUCCAUCUAUCGGGACCAAUAACGAUACGAGGCCACGUUAUAGUUUCUAGGUUAACUGUUUACAUGUAAUCUCGCUGGUAAAACUACUUUCCUUAUUUUAUUCAAUAAGGAACCGUACGUUUAUGUUUAAAAUUUGUUGUAACUACCCCGGUAAUAGUUGUUGAUUCCUAUCGUUUUGUAAAUAAUAUUGUUUUCAUUUUAAUUUUAAGUUAUUUAUUUGUUUUAAGUAAUACAUUGUUGAAUUUAAAUGUAUAGUUUGAAGUGGGAUGUUGUCUACCGUUUGUGCCUUUAGUGAUGUAAAUCUAGUCAUAAUGUUAAAAUAAAUUUUAUAGUAUCAUUCUGUUCACAUAUAUUAUUUAAUUUUUACUGAUUUAUUUCUCGAAAUGUAUAAACUUGUUUUGCAUGUAGUUAUUUCAUGUUAUUUUUUCAAUGUAAUAAUAGGAUGACUAAUAGCACAAGCUAAAUAUUUAUUUGUUACAAUUUAUAGGCUCUUUUGCACCUCAACCUGACAGUGUAUGAAAAUGAAGAUAUAAAAUAUAUACCUUAUUUAUCAGUUUCAAAUAUUUCUAUGUGCAUCAGUUUUUACAAAAAAUAUUUUGAAAGCAUUAAUUAUUUAAUUAUGCAUCCAGGUCUUUUGGAAAGUUAACGCUUAUAUUUGCAGAAAUCCCCCAAUAACGUUGUCUGUGACUGUCCAUCAAACCCCCAGUUUGAUAUUUUCAUAAGUUUUACAUAUUCUGUAAAUAUUUAGUAGAAUAAUCAUAUGUACAAAUGAUCCACACAUUUGUAUAUAAACUGUAAAAAUAAACAACUGUUUAUUUAAGAAUCGUUGUUUGAUUAAAUGUUUACCAAAGAAUUUUA